AUGUCAGAGGUGACCCAGAGUCUGCUGCAGCACUGGGGCACCAGUUUUAGGAGAGGCGGCGACUUCGACUCUUGGGGCCAGCUGCUGGAGGUGACAGAUGAGUAUCAGACGUUAGCAAGACAUCUACAAAAAGAAGCCCAAGCUCCACACAAUAAUUUCGAAUUUACUGAAGAACCAAAGAAAACCAUAGGCAAAAUUGCAACAUGCUUCGAAUUGAAAAGUGCAGCUUUACAGUCCACACAGUCCCAAGAAGAAUUUAAACUGGAGGCCCUGAAGAAGCUAGAACCGAUCCUAAAGAAUAUUCUUACGUAUAAUAAAGAGUUCCCGUUUGAUGUUCAGCCUGUUGCAUUAAGAAGAAUUUUAGCACCUGGUAAAGACGAGAGUUUGGAAUUUGAAGAAGAUGAAGAAGAGGGUGGUGCUGGAGCAGGGUACCCUGAUUCUUCUCCUGCCAGAGUCCCUGGUACCUUGUUACCGAGGUUGCCCUCAGAGCCAGGAAUGACAUUACCCACAAUCAGAAUUGAGAAGAGUGGUCUGAAAGAUGCUGGGCGGUGCAUCGACCCCUAUAUUACAGUUAGUGUAAAAGAUCCGAAUGAUCCGAAUGGCAUAGAGUUAGCUCCUGUGCAGUAUAAUCUCGUGGCUUCACGAAAAGAUACAUAUGUUCACUUUAAUGUGGACAUUGAGCUCCAGAAGCAUGUUGAAAAAUUAACCAAAGGUGCAGCUGUCUUUGAAUUCAAACACUGCAAGCCUAAAAAAUGGUUUACCAGCACCAAGUGUUUUGCUUUCAUGGAUAUGGAUGAAAUUAAGCCUGGGCCAAUUGUAAUAGAGCUAUACAAGAAAUCCACUGACUUUAAAAGAAAGAAAUUGCAAUUCUUGACCAAGGAACCACUUUAUCUUCAUCCAUAUCAAACUUUGCACAAGGAAUGAUCCUGACAUGAAUAACCUGGAACUUCUGUGAAUUUUGCCACUUGUUAGAAACCAUCACAGCUCUGUGUAGCAUAUUCACCCAUCAGAAGGCAGAAAGCAAGCUGUACU